CACACGAAACCUCUAGCAGAAAUCCGUCAAAGAUUUCCUGUUACUGGCUUGGCUAAACGAAUGAGUAUCGCGGCAUCUGAUUUGCUCGGCAAACCGCGUGAUGUUCUCGUCAUACUUCUACUUCAACUUAACCGAGAACAAGCCAACCUGAAAAGAUGGCGUGAGUACUUCUUGAAACAUCUCAAAGAGCUUCAAGCUCAUAAAAGGUACUACUAUUUGACCAUUAUCCAGGGCUUCAUGACAGACGUGUAUGACAUUUCGCUGAGAAGCGGCGUAAUCACCCAGAAAAUGCUUGCUACUUGUAUGCUAGCUUAUAUAGUGAUACAUUCGAAAAAUGCGCAUAAUUUGCUCACAUGGGCCGCUUCAUUCCUCCCUCAUACAUGGGCUCGUCGGUGUCUUGGUUACGCACCCGAGCGGCCUGGUUACCAAUGUCUGAAUUGGCGCUCGCCACUUCGUUUCUCACUGCACAAAGUGUAUACACAGAUUCGCAAUGCACAUGUCUGUAAUAACAACACUUCCUACCCUCAUUUCGGAAUCGACUGGACCCCAUGA